CACUGAGCCAUUUCUCUGGCCCUUGACCUUGAACUCUGAACCCUCCUGCCUUUCCCCACACCAGUGCUAUUGAACCACCACACCCUGUAGAAGCUUAGGAGAAUUUUAAAAAAUUUAGUUAAUUUUUAUUAUCCUUUCAUGGAUUACUAUGCAGUAGUUGUGAAUAAUAAAGGUAUGUGGUCUGGGGAAAUGGCUCGAUUGGUAAACAGCUUGCUCUACAAGCAUGGGGACUUGAAUUUGAUCCCUAGCAUCCAUGUAAAAUGACGGGCAUACUGUUGGACACAGUAGCUCACGCCUUUAAUCCCAGCAUUUGGGAGACAGAAGUCGGUGGGUCUCUGACUUUGAGGCCAGCCUAGUCUGCGUAGUGAGUUCCAGGCCAGCCAAGGCUACACCGUGAAAUCCUAUUAAAACAUUUAAAAAUGCUGGGCAUAAUGGUGAAUGCUGGCGAUCCUAGCACUGGGGAAGUUGGCACAUGAGGGUCCCAAUAAAAGGCCCUAUCAUGAGAAACAAGGUGGGUGCCUAAGGAGGAAUGACUCUGGUCUCACAAAAUAAAGAUAAAAAAAGAUGCACAAGGUGUUGGCUAGUAGGAUGAGGAUGAUCAACUCUGGACUCUGGAUUUGAAUUCUUGUGUCAGUAGACCGAUUUUGAGAGGCAAUUUAAUUUAACCUCUCAUUUAGUCUCCUUGUCUGAAAAGUAAAAAUGAUAAUAGUACUUCCUUCAUAGUGUUUUCUAUGAUAUUUAAUGACUAGCAUAUAGUCAUAAUUCACUGUACUUGCAUGCAUAAUACUAUAGUCAUCAAUUACUUUGUUGUUUCUAUCUUGAAUGUUUCCUUUAAUUUCAAUACCUUUGAGAAGAGCAGCAUUUAGCCUCUAACUGGGUGUUGCUUUCAGUGCUUAUUCCAAUAAUUGACUCUUAUGAAAUCGCUCUACAAAUCUCACAGAACUGCUAAGUUAUUUGUGUUGUGUUCUUCCCGACACUUAUAGUUCAGAUUUAUAUAGCAUCCUAAUUUUUAUAUUAAUCUCUCAUAGUUCAUCUUAAAAAUUUUAAUUAAAAAAUAAUUUGUGAUCUCAGUCAUGAUUCUACUAUUGGCAGCUGUUGAGUAGUAAACUCAUGUCCUGUGGUUGUGGUUGUGGGAUGGCCACUGGAUCUAGUUUCAUUGAUUCUAGCAGAGAACUGGAAGUCUUUUUUUGUUAAAUAUAAUUCUUGUACAAAUGCUUACAUUGGAUAUUAUAAGUCCCACUUUACACAUGAGAUAGUGGAGACAAUAAUUGCUUCAGUCAUAAUCAUUUAAUUGAGAAGUAACAGAACUCAUCAUCAAUGCUGUGUUUCAGAUGAUUUAUAUAGGUUUUUUUCUACCAUGCAGUAGUUACUACUAGCUGAGAUAAUAUUUUAACUCUCAGAGAGAAAGAAGGUAGAAUCAUUGCACAUUUGUCUUUGUUAUUUGUUUUUAGAGAGAUUAUUAAUCCAAUGGAUGUGAUCACAGCCAAAUUUGAAAAUUCCUCUUCCUGCAAAGAUUUCUGCAGCCAGUUAUGCCUAUCUUCUUAUGAGCUAAAGAAGCCUGUUGUUACCAUAUAUACCAGCGGCAUUUCAACUAAGUGCACGAUGUGUCAGAAGGUCACUGACAAUUUGGCCCAGAAGCCACUCUAUGCCUUGGGGAAUUCAAUGAAGCUGUCUGCUGAAAAGAGUGAGAGUACAGAUGACCCAGGAAGAUCAGAGGUUUUCUGCUCUAUUAAUUGCUUAUCUGCUUACAGGAUUAAGACUGUUAUUUCUUCAGGUCUCCAGGUUUUGUGUCACAGUUGUAAAACCGCAGCAGUUCCUCAGUAUCACGUAGCCAUGUCAGAUGGAACUAUUUGCAGUUUCUGCAGCUCCAACUGCGUGCUGGCUUUCCAGAAUGUGUUUAACAAGCCAGAGGGAACAAACUCUUCAUUGGUACCCAUAUCUCCGGGCCAAGAGGUGAUGAACACACCCUUGCAGCCUGCAGUGUCAGCAGGAAAAGGUGCCCCCAUCUCCUCCUUCAGUAGCCCCAUCAGCAAGCCUGCAGCAGCUGCUCUGGAAACUCUAGCUAAACAGUCCCAGCAGAUUGCUUUGACCCAUACGUUCAUGAGACUCAAGUGCCAGCACUGUAACCAUCAUUUUGCCACAAAACCAGAGCUGCUUUUCUACAAGGGUAGAAUGUUUCUGUUUUGUGGCGAGGUUUGCUGUGAAGAAUACAAAAGGAGAAAUAAAGUUAUGGCUUUAUGCGACUACUGUAAAAUAUAUAAAGUCAUCAAGGACAUUGUGCGGUACUCAGGGGUUGACAAGCCAUUCUGUAGUGAAGUUUGCAAGACCCUCUCUGCUCAAGACUUUGCAGAAAGAUGGACAAACUGCUGCAAGAUGUGCAGUUACUGCUUACAGACAUCUGCAAAUUUUGUAGAAAAUCGACUGGAAGGCAAGCUUCAAGUUUUCUGUUGUGAAGAAUGCAUGUCCAAGUUUACAGCUCUGUUCUAUCAGAUAGCCAGGUGCGAUGCUUGCAAACGUCAGGGUAAGCUAAGUGAGUCCUUGAGAUGGCGAGGCAGCAUCAAGUACUUCUGCAACCUCUUCUGUGUCUUGAAGUUUUGCCAUCACUAUAGUGUGAAUGACCCAGUUCACAAAAAAGUAAUUGUGCUCCCAAAGUCAGUAUCAGUAAUUAUUCCUAAAGCACAAAAUGCUGUGACAACACUCCCUUCUCCAAGGAUUCCUACAACACCAGUUAUUACCAGUGUGAUAUCGUUGGCAAAAGUACCUGCUCUCCAGCCCACCACGAACACUAACAGUGUUUUAACAGGUGCAGGUCCUAAAGAAGUAGCAGAGAUCAUUGGAAAUGGAAGUACUCUGGCAGCUGAUGAGACACUCCAGUGUUUGCAGCCUCGCAGGCUUCAGAAGAACAAAGGCAUAUUGUGCAGGCCAGGCACACAGACCAAAGCUACCUCUUGCAGACCACAUACCCACCAUGUUGCAUGCCAGACAGAUUUACCUCUGCCAAAUGGGGAAAACGAAGAACCUGAUUCUCCACUUGCAAAGAAGAAAAGAGUGGACUUUAUCCAGACUUGUGAUGCAGAAUAUAUAAAAUCUGGUUUUAUUAUCUGUUCUGAAUCAAAGGAAAGUCCACCAAGAGCACAGUGUGUCAUUUGUGGAGAGAUCUUACCUCAAGAAAGCGUGAUGUCAGUCAGUCUCUCUAACCAUUUGAAGGAAAAACAUUCUGAGUUAGAGAACAAGCCAGGAGACUUUUUUGAGGAAAAAUCACUUGAAAUCGAAUGUCAAAACAGUCCUUUAAAACAGUGUUUACUAGUUGAAGAGUCGCUUGUGAAAACUUCUUAUUUAAUUGCUUUCCAAAUUGCUGCCAGGAAGAAGCCGUUCUCCAUCGCUGAAGAAUUAAUUAAACCGUAUUUAGUAGAAAUGUGUUCAGAAGUUUUGGGUUCAAGUGCUGGAGACAAAAUGAAAACCAUCCCUCUUUCCAAUAACACAAUUGGAUGCAGGAUCAACAAGCUGUCUGCAGACAUUGAAGACCAGCUGGUUCAGAAGGUCAGAGAAUCCCAGUGGUUUGCCCUUCAGAUAGAUGAGUCAGCGGAGACCUCAGACGGCACCCUUCUCCUCUGCUAUGUUCGCUUCAUCGAUUAUGCAUGUGGGGAUGUGAAAGAAGAAUUGUUAUUUUGUACUGAAAUGUCUUCUCCGAGCACAGAUCUUGAAGUAUUUGAGCUAAUAGAUAAAUAUAUUGAUAGUAGAUCUCUGAGUUGGACCCAUUGUGUUGGUUUCUGUACUGAUGGGGCCACAAGCAUGACUGAUAGAUGUUCUCGUUUAAAGUCAAAAAUUCAAGAAGUUACCAAGAAUGCAGUGACAUUCACACACUGUUUCAUUCACCGCGAACACUUAGCAACAGAAAAGCUAUCUCCAUGCUUACAUGAAAUCCUUUUGCAGUCAGCACAAAUUUUAAGCUUUGUAAAGAACGGUGCCUCGGAUUCACAAAUGUUGACUACUCUGUGUGAAGAGAUGGGAUCGGAGCAUGUGAACUUACCGCUUAAUGCUGAAGUUCGUUGGCUGUCGAAAGGGAGAAUUUUAACAAGAUUAUUUGAACUGAGACAUGAAAUUGAAAUACUUUUAAAUCAAAGGCAUUCAGAUUUGGCCAGAUAUUUUCAAGACAAGGAAUGGGUUGCAAAGCUAGCAUAUUUAGCAGAUAUGUUUUCACUUAUAAAUAAGUUAAAUUCUGCUCUCCAAGGGACCGUGGCUACUCUUUUCAAUUUGUAUAACAAAGUCGACAUAUUUAAGAAAAAGCUAAAAAUGUGGGUGGAGCGCACACAAGAGAAUGAUUUUGAUAUGUUCCCUUUGUUUUCUGAGUUCUUGGACUCCUCAGAUGUGAGUGGGAGAAGCAUCGCUGGCAUUAUUAUUGAGCACUUAGAAGGACUUGCUCAGGUUUUCCAUGACUGCUACCCCCCACAAGAGGACUUACGUUUGGGAAAUCUGUGGCUCGUUGAUCCCUUUGCCAGUCACCAGAAUAACAACCUCACUGACUCUGAAGAAGAAAAAUUAGCGGCAUUAUCUUUGGAUACGAGUCUACAGUCAGCUUAUAAAUCAAUGUCUGUAACUCAGUUUUGGGUUAGCGCAAAGACACGCUACCCAGACCUCUCUGAAAAGGCAGUGAGACUCUUGCUGCCGUUUUCCACCGUCUGUCUGUGCGAUGCCACCUUUUCAGCCUUGACCGCAUCGAAACAAAGGGACCUGCUGGGUUUUGGCUCUGCCCUAAGACUUGCAGUCACGUCAUUAGUUCCAAGGAUUGAAAAGUUGAACCAAACACUCGACACCUGGCCAAACGUGGCCCUUUGAUGCCGAUCUGGAUAAAUACCUGAAAUCUUCAAACAUCUUUCACCCUUUGUUUGCCGAUCUGGAUAAAUACCUGAAGUCUUCAAACAUCUUUCACCCUUUGAUGCCAAUCUGGAUAAAUACCUGAAGUCUUCAAACAUCUUUCACUUUUUACUUCAGUUGAGCCAUGGGAGAGGCAGAUGUUUUAGGCAUAGGUGAACAAGAAGAACUUGUAGUUACUGGUUACUGCUUUAUUGAGCAUUAAUUGUAUGGUUUAGUGGUGUGCUAGUAUCUUUCUCAAGGCCAGUGUGCAACUCCUUACGUGGGAAGAAGGAAGCCCAGAGGCCAGAGGCGCACAAGGCUGGGUGGUAUCAGAUUCCUCUGGCUCGGGGUGGUCCCAAGUCCAGCAGAACUGGACUGCUAGCUCGGGCUUACCGAGUUGUUCUCUUCUCCAGGUGGGAGGGGGUGGGACUUAAACUUCUGGCCCAGCAUGCUGUCUCCAGGCUGAUUUAGAGCUGCAGAGAUGGUGGGACCAAGGGGUCCAGGAGGAUGAAGUGGGAGGGUGACUGAGCAUGCCUCCCCAUCCCACAUCACCCAGUGUUCUAAUUUGAGGGAGGCUAGUGAGGCAGAAUUUUUUUUUCUUUGUUUUUGAGAUGGUCUCCUUACCGGGAACUCACUAUAAACCAUGCUGGCCUCAAACUUGCGGAGGUCCAGCUUAGAAACUAGUCCCGAUGGUAAAAUGUAAUUUGCCGAAAGUUAACAAGGCCCAAAGUAGGCCUAACCUAGACCCCACAGGGUCCUAGGAAAUCUGGGAUGGAAUCCUAGAAAUCACUUGGCUAGUUCCUUAUUCUGAGAAAGUCCACCGAUACUGCCAGGCUCUGUGGAAGACCUAUGCUACCUACUCCCAAGCUUGCACACUCUUCCCUCCCCCAACCUAAGGUGGUGGGUUUUGAGGGGCAGAUAUGGUAAGAACCAGACAGUUUAAACACUCUGCAAGUGUCUUACCUGAGGCGCUUGGGCCACAUACUCCAGGAUAGCUGUCAGAUAUAGCCCAACACAAAAUUGUAAAUUUAAAACACGUGGCUUAGUAAAAAUUUCAUUUAUGGGGUUCUGGAGCAACUAUGUAGAUGACAUUGUGUCAUGUUGUCAGAAGAUUAGAUGCCCUGGAGAGCAGAGUAGAAGAGGCCUAGCUGCUGUCGGACCGUAGGAAGCAGUCCGGGAAAGGUCUGGGUAAGAUGGAUUACGUUAGACCCCUCCUCUGUAUCUGCCUCAGUGGAAAUGGAAAUUAGCUUCUUUCCAUCCCACCUCUAAAUGUUCAGUGUAAAGAGAAACCAGGCCUGGCACAAAGACUUAGUCUUUCCCAGUUUCUGGCCCUAGAUGGGAAGGCCCAAGCCCUGUUCCCUUUCCUGGGCUGAGGCUGGGUUGUCAUCUCUGGAGAGGUCUGGUGAGGAGAGAAAGCCGUCUCUAAACUUGCGACUCUUUUCACUUGUGGA